AUGAUCGGAUCAAGCUUAUCGCGAUUAGGAUGCAUCUUGGUAGGUCACCUUUACCCCCUUUACAAGACUUUCAAAUGUUUCAAGAAUUGUGAAAGCACGAGUGAAAUAGAAGUGGAACAUCUUUUAGACAUGAGACGGAUCUUGUCCUUUUGGGCCGUGAAUGGAAUAUUCAUGUUUUCGGAAUAUUUCUUGGAUUUCUUCAUCGCAUGGAUACCAUUCUACUUCGAAUCAAAGAUCCUCUUCCUCAUUUGGCUAGUGCAUGGAAAUUUUACAGGUUCUCAGUUCGUCUACGACAACUUUGUAGAGGAAGUCUUCCAUCACCACGAGAACGACAUCGAUCACGGUUUGGCAGUUUCCAAGGCGGCGUUCAAGACUACAGCUUCUCGUUGGUUUGCUUUCUUAGCGUCGCAGCUCGCAAACCUCUUUGCUCUGGCGAUGCAGAAGUCGCACGAGACUAUGAUGAGCCGUAUGAAGCAGGGAGACGCCUCGUCAUCGACAGAAAGCAGGUUUGAAGAAAUUGGAGCUGGGGACGAAGAACGAGUCCUAUCAGCAUCGAAGAGAACGAGAUCGAAGAAGAAGAUAGAUCAUUGA